AGCGAGAUUCAACCAUAACAUUACAGGAGUCAGGCUUUGGGAAGGGCUCCGCUUUGAUUCCUGUUAUGAAUACAGGCGUACGAUUUGUGGCUGAUUGGGAAUGACACGGGGAACUAUGCUUCGAGAUGUUCUUAGACGGAAACGUAACGAGACAGCAGCUGGCGAACUGAUCUCAGGUAGCGACAGUGAUGGGGAGGAUAGGCGCGCGCCCGCGAAACCCCGACCGAAACGGAGACGCAUUCUGGACCCUUCGGCGAUCGCCACCGUCCAGAUUUACACCAACAAGGUGGACAGCAGUUUAAAGAUCCAACCUUUAUCCUUCCAGCCAGUUAGUUUACAAGAUGGAGAGGUGGAGGACGUGAGAGUUACGCUCCCGGUGCAGAAGAAGCUGGCGGCUGCGGAAUGCAUCGAGUUGUCGGACUCUGAGGAGGAGAGAGAGAAGCCCAGACCAGAACCACAGUGCACCAUGCGUUCACCCUCUCCUCCCCCUCCAUCUUCCAGUCCUCUAAAAGCCUGCAGGAGGCCCAACCGCAAACUCAUGGAGAUUAACAGGAAGUUGGAUUCCAUUGGUUCCCUGCUGAGUCCGUCUCCAGAGCGAGCGGGUCUUGCUCCUGAACAGGACCAAUCAUUUGCUGAGGAAGACUACGGAGGCGAAGACGAUGAUGAUGAUGAUGAUGAUGAUCUGGUCAUCGUGGACACACAGCACAAGCCACGGAUCCGGCGGCCUCCACCUCGAGAACCGCGUCAGGAGGCCCGACGCAUUCCACUCAAGUUCCGCUGCAGAACUGAAAUCUUCAGAAUCCCUCUGCUCACGACAGCCCCUCUGAAGCUGGCAGUGGAAGAGCUGUCACUCCAACUGAAAGUCCCGCCCUCACGCCUUCUGCUGUUAAGGAAGGAGGCAGAGCUUCCCGUCACUUCUACAGUCAGCGAGCUGGGCCUCGGCAUCGCUGACAUCAUCGAUUGCGUGGUGAUUAGUGAAGACACCCAUGAACAGGAAGAUGGUAACCAUGGUGAGAGUGAUGUCAUCACUGUGCGAUUCCAAGGCAAGGAGAAGGGAUCCCAGCAGCAGUACUCUGUAGGCAAGCGUGAGCCCCUGGGUUCUGUUCUGACCCGCUAUGCGUCCCAGCUGCUCCCGGCCCUCAGGGACAAGACACGCUUCCUGUUCGACGGGUCAAAGGUCAGCCCCGCCCACACGCCCUUCGACCUGGAGAUGGAGGACGGCGACGUCAUCGAGGUGUGGUUCUAACGCCCGUCUCCAUGGAGGUUUGGUUCUAACGCCCGUCUCCGUGGAGGUGUGGUUCUAACGCCCGUCUCCAUGCCAACCGCAGAGCGUCCACAUGCUUUUCUGUUUUCUUUCUUUCUUUGUCCUUUGGCACUUUUCUCUCCAACACCAUCUCUUGUUUAAGACCGAUAAUUGCUGUGUCUGUGUGAAAAAAUUAUUACUUUAAAUAUUGUACAAUUUGUAAUGUGUAAUAAACUGGGAGGAUCUUCUUUGAAAA